AUCUACAAAGAAAUCGGCACUGGCAAGCGAAUAUCGCUGACCAAGCUCGCUGUUGAACAUCUCGAACAACGUGGUCGCCCACUACGCAUAGCUAUAGACAUUUCGAUAUGGCAGUUCCAGGUUCAAGCUGCAAGAGGCGGCUCCAAUCCAGCCAUCCGGACCCUUUUCUACCGCCUACUCCGACUCCUCAGCCUCUCCAUCCAGCCCAUAUUCGUCUUCGAUGGCCCCAAUAAACCGGUUUUCAAAAGACACAAGCGCUCUGGUCGCGGCGAUGGCGUGGCCACCUCCAUGGCCAAGCGGCUUCUACGACUGUUCGGCUUCCGAAUACACGAUGCACCGGGCGAAGCCGAAGCAGAAUGCGCUUUGCUCCAGCUGAACGGCAUAGUGGACGCCGUACUCAGCGAAGACGUGGACACCAUCAUGUUCGGCUGCACGCGGACCCUGAGGAACUGGUCCGCAGAGGGCUCUAAGGGGAGCAAGACGCCGACGCACGUGUCCAUGUACGACACGCAAGAGCUGAGCCAGGGCGAGACGGGACUCGAUCGCGAGGGCAUGGUGCUGGUAGCUUUGAUGAGUGGAGGUGAUUAUAUACCCGAGGGAAUCCCGGGCGCCGGUGUCAAGGUGGCUUGCGAAGCUGCCAGAGCUGGCUUUGGCAAAUCGUUAUGUCGACUCAAGGGGUCUGAUACUAGCGGCUUGGAAGAGUGGAGGGAGAACCUGAUUCACGAACUUCAAACGAACGAGAGUCGUUUUUUCAGAACCAAGCAUAAGGCUUUAAUAGUGCCAGAGGACUUUCCUAACCUAGAAGUCCUGAGAUACUACACUCAUCCUGUGGUAUCCGCUACGUCGAGCUUAGCAAAAUUAGAGACCCAGAGCUGGAACAAGCCUUUGGACGUCUUGGGGCUACGCGAAUUCGUGAGAGAAACGUUUGACUGGGAGUACAGAGGAGGCGCAAUCAAAUUCAUUCGGGUUCUUGCCCCAUCGCUUUUGGUGCGAAAGAUAAUGGACUUGGACCAAUUGCAGGACAGCCAGACGCGCAAUAACGAAAACAUAGAGGAGGCACAUUCUCGUCUCGUCAAGGCAAUUACCAACCGUCGGAUCCAUUUUAGCACAGAUGCCACGCCAGAGCUCCGGGUUUCAUUUGCACCCACCGACAUUGUGGGCUACAAUUUCGAAGAGGAGCCCGAGGAGGAGAUAUCAUACGGACGAGACGGAUUGGCACUCAACAGCGACGAUGAGUUUGAAGCACUGGCAGAUGAGGACGAGGCAGAAGCGGUUGCCAAACCAAGAAGCAGAAAACCUUUCAAUCCCACCGAGCCAGAUCUAUCUUGGAUACCGGAAACGGUCGCCAAGCUUGGAAUCCCCCUUAUGGUGGAAGACUGGGAGGAGGCACAGCGUGCGAAGGCCUCCCGGAAGAAGUUGAAGGCUUCGGCGAAACCAAAGCCAAAGGGCAAGCUCGGUGGGAUGCACAUUGGCGCACUUGACCGAUACGUUAAAGUCACCAAGAGCCUCCCGGCAACUAUGGUAGUUGAGGCAACAUCUGCCUUGGAAAAGCCUAGCUCCCCAACGAACCCCUGGACAAUCGCCGGCUCACAACCUAGUCCCAGGGGUACCAAGACCAAAUACGCUUCCAACAAUACUUUCGAGGCCAUUCUCAUAUCCUCUAGCCCC